CAAUUAUUAAUACCGCCCAUUUUUUGAAUUUCACUAACGGCCAUUUCUCCUUCUUCUUCUUCUUCACAAUUAUAUAAUUUGGUCUGAAAAUUUUGUUUUCUCCAUAGCUAGCAAUGGCAACUCUUACACCAGGAAUUCUACUGAAGUUACUUCAGUCAAUGAACACCGGUGCAAGAGUCACCGGCGACCACCGUACGCCGUUGCUACAGGUGAUCGGAAUUGUACCGGCGCUUUCGACUUCCGAUUCUCUAUGGCCUCACAAUGGGUUUUUUGUUCAGCUUUCCGAUUCUCUCAACUCCACCUACGUUUCCCUUUCGGAGAAAGACACAGAUCUCAUCCUCACGAACCGGCUUCAGCUCGGUCAGUUUGUUCAUGUUGACCGAUUCUGUUUUGAUUCUCCGCCUGUUCCACGGGCAGUUAAUAUUCGGUCUAUUGCUGGUCGACACGGUUUUAUUGGCUCGCCGGAACCCUUAAUUGCUAGGAUUUCUGGUGGGGGAUUUCUCAUCCAACCCGUUUCAGAUUCGGAUCCUAUUGCUGCUUAUUUGUCGAAAACUGGAAGAACAGAGGCGGGUUCGGGUUUGGGUUCAGCUCCGGGUUUGAAAGAUGGGAAGGAAAAACUUAGAGUAAGAGAAGUGCUUGCACCAAAAGAAAAUGUGGAAAUGAAGGAAGAUUUGAAUAAAAAUGCUUCUGCUCCGAAGAGAUUUUCGUCUCCGGCGUCAGUUAAACAGAGAUCAGUAUCAUCAGGGAAGAAGAAUUUGGUAGCUGAAAGGGAUCCAUCACCAGCUGGGAAAGUGAAGAGAUCAGCAUCACCCGUGCCAUCGAAAUCCGUGGUGCCAAGUUUGGUAGCUGCAAAAGAGGAAAAUCGGAGGACAUCGAAAGAACCAGCUAUUAUAGUUCCAUCAAGGUAUAGGCAGCCAUCACCUACAUCAGGGAGAAGGCAGGCAAGUCCAUUGGUGGCGAGACGUAUGUCAUUAUCACCUGGACGACGAUUAUCUGGUGGUCUUAAGGAUUCUUCUGGAAAGAAGAAGAUGGCUGCUAUUGCUGCUGGAAUUUCCAAAAUUUCGGAGGCAAUUGGAGGGUCUGGCAAAUCAAGUAGAAAGAGUUGGGAUGAAGGUCCAGCAAAUAGUGGUGAUUCUUUGGAACAAACAGAAAAGGUUUUGUCGAAGAAAAAACCGGAUAUUCAGGCAAUUCUGAGAACUCAGGCUGCUAUUUCUAGGCGUUUGAGUGAUGUAAGCUGUCAUGCUGAAGAUUUUGGAAGUGAAGGAAAAGUAAAAUCUGGUGCCAUGGAAAAUUCCCCUGACGCUGAAAAGCCUAAUAAUGCAGCUCCAGUGAUUCCAGUCCAUGAGAAGAAGUGGACUGAUGGAAGUGUACCACUACACUCCGUAUCCUCAGAACUUGCGAAGCUUGGAAAGGAGGCUAUGCAAAGGAGAAUAAUUGCUUCAACAGCUGCAGCUGAAGCCUUGGAAGAGGCCCUUGCCACCGAGACUACUCUUAGAAGUUUGAGUAUGUUUGCAGAUCUACGCUCAACAUCCAACCCUAAAAACCCUCUACCAACUAUUGAUCGUUUCAUGUCAAUUUACGAAGAUGUGGUGAAAUCAACAUGUGUUGCUGAAUCAAUCACCAGCAAUCGUGGCGUGCAAAAAUCUAAUGAGAAUAUGACUAUGAUGGAGCAACCAAAAUCAUCUCUUCUUUGGGUUGAGGCUGCUCUAGCAACUGAUCUUGAAAUUGUCUCUCUCUUAACAAAUCAGAACAGUGGAACUCAAUCAGCAUCAGUGAAAAGCUCUCCAACAUAUCAAUCCACAAAAGCAUCGAAUAAGAAUCCUUUGAUGGUUUCAGCAGUAACUAGAUUUUGGACAAGGGGUAAUGGGAUGAAUGAGACAGUAGAACUUGCAAAGAAGUUGCAAUCUGAGAUGCAAAUGUGGUUCAUCACUUUUGUUGAAGAGUCACUAGAUGCAGGUUUUCGUGUGUUCAAGAAUUGCUCCCUGGCUUCUGAUGGAGCUUCUUCCAACUGUAGUUCAGUUACAGCUAUUUUGUCACAACUCAAGCGAGUCAAUAGCUGGUUGGAUCGAGUAGUCUCAAAAAAGGAUGAGAAAUUGAUACAGAAGAUAGAGUGCUUGAAACAAAAAAUAUAUGGAUUCGUCAUUCAGCAUGUAGGAACCACUGCUGAAAAUUCUUAAGUUUUGUGUUCUUCUCUUUCUUUGAUGUAAGGAUAAUAACUACUGUUUCAUAACUUUUAGCGGAGUUGAAAUUCAGACAUUCGUCCGCUCAUGAAAAUGAUAGUCACUGCUAUCACAAGUUAAUUCUCAAGUGGUUAAAUUGGUUAGUUUUACCUUGGUAGUUUUUUGUUGUUUCCAUUGUUUGAUUCAAACUUUUAUUUAUAGAGAUUUUGAAGAUUCAGCCAAAA